CCUCUUUUCUGUUCUCUCUUCGGGUAAGAAACCGACUGACACGAGGGUUUUUUGGAAGGGGAGGAAAAAAAAAACCCCAAAAAGAAGAAAGAAAAAGAAAGCAGAAAGGUGUAUUGUUUUGCAGUUGGGGGCUGCCUGGGGGCUUGCUCCUCACCCAGACAAAGGAAACCUGGCGAGGACUUGUGGUGAGGGGAUGCACAGGAGGCAAAACAACUGUGCGGCUACCUUCCCUUCUGCAGCAGGCAGCUGAGAGCUGGAUAGACAGGAGACAUUUUGCAAGACUACCGUGCUAACCAGGCAAGGACUGCGAUGUAUUGAUGUCAGGCUCUGCUCUCUGUCUCUCUCUUUCUGUCUCUGUCUCUCUCUUCCUCUGUGCGUGCGGCGCUAGCUUUUCUUUUUGCAUUCUUUAAAAUAAACUAAAAAAAAGGGAGGCCAGUCAGUGGGGUUGGAGGGCACAGGAGCCACUUAAGGAGAUGAGGUUUAAACAAACAAAAAAAAAGGGAAGUGAUUCGAAGAGUUCCUCUUUAGGUUUGAAUUGUGUUUGCUGCUUUCAAGCAGGGCUAGAAACCUGGCCGGGCAGUUAAGGAAGGUAAAAUCUCAGCUGUUUCUCUGGCUAGAUGUGAUCUCUUUUACUAGACCAACUAGACAGUUGGGGAAAUUGUUCUUUGCAAGCUUUUGGGCACAAACGCCAGCUGUGCAUUUAUCCCAGCCCCCUCUCUUGGUCUCGAGACCAGGAUUAUUUGCAAUCCUUGUGCAUUUAGACGGGAUGGUUAUUAGCUGGGCAAGCCCUUUGAUAGAUGAUAAAGCAGUGAGCGGCAUGGCAUAGAUUUCAUAGGCAGUCGGGCUGGAAGGGACCUUGCAAGAUCAUCGGGUCCAGCCCCCGGCCCCGAGGGGCUGGAAGUCAGCGGGGGUCAGAUCACCCCAGCAAGAAGAGCAUCGAUGUGUUUCUUAAAGGUACCCAGAAUAGGUGCUUGCACCACUUCUGGGGGGAGCCUAGUACAGACUCUGGAGACUCAGACAGUAAAGAAGUUUUUCCUUAUGUCCAGUCUAAAAUGGUCUUCCAGCAGUUUGUGACUGUUAGACCUUGUCUUCCCUUGGGGUGCCUUGGUGAACUUGGAAGUAGGAUAAAUCCCAGGACAGUAUUAAAUAGGCAGGUGAAUGACUGUUUUCCACUGAGCUUGCAAGGGUAGUGGAAAGUUACUUGCCUUUUUAUUCUUUUUUGGCAAAAGAAUUUGCAGAAUUCUUGCAAAACUCAUUUUGAAGCGAGGGAUGGCAGAAGGGAAGCAGAAAAAGAAAGUUUUCUGUGUAGGGGUCAAAGCCCGGGGUUAAUGGACUCAAAAUGUGGACGGUGCAGGAAACACCAAGCCUUUAUUUUGGGCGUCGCGAAGCCAGAGGAGAGCAAUUGGUUUGGACUGUGUGAGGUCUGACCUGUGCUCCCAAACCCAUGUCUACCAAGGUAGGAUAUUAAGUCUUCACUCAUUUUUGGACAGGCAACUGGCUGCCCGUGUCUCUUCAAACCCACCUGCUGUCUGGCAGCCCUAGAUUCAUUUCCCAGGUUGUUCUGGGAUCCCGUAUCCAGGCAUGGCUGUGGGUCGCUCAUCUCGAGCUGACCCGCUGGGCAGCCCAGGUGCCUCUGUGUGUGCAUGGCCUACCAGCUCACCCUUGCUUGCUGCUUGCUGGUGGAUAUUCCCCCUUGUCAUUAUCUUGCAGGGAAAAGCCAAGCCAGACUGCCAGGCACUGAAACAAUGAGAAGCAAUUUGUAUUGCUAAUAAGCGGGGGGAGAGGACGGAGACUCUUGUCAUUAAGACACAGAGCUGCAGCUCAGGAGAUCUGCCGUCAGUCCGCUCCUCUGCCACAGACUCGGUAACUCGACCUUGGUCAAGUUACUUACUCUCGGCGUGUUUCAUAGCCACCUCUGUACAGUGCAGGUGGUGUUUUUUCCCUUUGGCUUUACUGUCCAUGUGGGCAAACCUUGGUUAAUAAGCACCUAGCACCAUGGCAGACAGAAGCUGAAUGGGAUUCCUUCGGUAGGUGUUGAUGACAAUGUGCACUCCUAAAAAACGGGGCUUUGAACCUGCAAGCUUUGCUCUCAUCUGCCCGGUAGAAAGCCACGCUGCAACGUGCUUGAAUAUUUCAGUCCAGGACUCACUCUUAGCUCUUCCAUCACGCUUCUCCUUUCUAGAUCCCAUGACAAAGGCUGCCAGCUCCAUUAUUCCCAUUUUACAGGGGGAGAAUGCUGAGGCCCAGAGAAAGGAAGUGACUUGCUCGAGGUCACACAGCAAGCCAACCUCCUUGCUUGUAUCCCCAUCCACCCUGGUUAGCAUCGGUACGCAGAAAGGGGCUCUCUGUGCCUCACUGUGCUUCAGUCUCGUGGGAAAGGGAAAUGUCAGCGAAGCUAUUUGGAUCGAAAGCACACAGAGCGCUAGGGAGGAGAGCUGGGCACUCAUGCCGAGCCACCCUCUGGUGGUAUUGCCACCCGUUCGACUGCAGAGACCAGCAAGCAGUGAGCAGGCAGACCCCAGCACAAAUGUGGGUCACUUGACUGCACAUGUGGGGUUGAAAGAGUUAAUUGUAAGCCCCCCCCCCCCUUAGUUCUCCCAUGGAAGAAAUAUGGUUUUCAAAUACUUUUUGCAGUACUCGAGCAGGACAUCCCCAUUCCUCAGAUGCUGGGAACUAGGGAGAAGUUAUAAACCCCUCAAAGAGGUUAUUUUUCCAAUUCUAACCAUUUCUGUAGCAUUCACUACUGUAGCACUAGCACGUGACUUCCUGAUUAUUCCCAAUCCAUUCUUGUCCGUAGCCUUAUUUUUACCCCAGAGCCAGACUUCAACUCACAACCCAAUUUCUGAUUUCGCCUCUUAUAAUGACCUGGUCUCAGCCACUGCUAAACUGGUGGUGAGAGCCCUGAUUUAAUCAGGGGACAAAACUGCAUCAUCAUAUAACUGUAAGUCACUUAGAAACCUUGCAGUCCUCGCAAAUGCGGAGCAAGCUAUUCGCAGCGAAGGACGGCCGAGAUUUUGCAAGGAUUAGGUGUCUGGUGCUAUGACCCGGCUUGUGUAAUUAGGCAUUUGAUUGCAAAUUGUUCCCAGGAUCCAGGGGCCGGGAGUGUAUCCCUAGUAAUGAAAGGGGAAAGGAUGGAGGAAUAACACUCUGGCCAGGGGGAAUUGGCAUAGCAGGAUUGUGUGUUGCUCAUCUCCUCUCCAGGUGGGCUGGCCCCCAUGGCUGCAAGGCUCUACGUCCUGAUCAGCUGGCCGGACGGCAGCCGCGUGAUCAACAUCGAGAACAUCAAGGAGCCCCGGAAGCCGUUCCACCUCUACGCCGUCGGGGAGCAGGUGCUGGCCCGCUGCCCUGGCUUCAGUGGUUUGUACUGGGGGGUCGUGGAAGGCAUCAGUGAGCAGAAGGAUAUUUUAGAGAAGAGGCUGCAGGAAGAUAGACAGCUGCUGGAGAAGUUAAAGGAAGAGCCCGCCGUGCACCACGUGCUGUCUCCUUCCCUUAAGAAAUCGAGGAAGACUUUUCCCAAGUGGACCCCAGGAACCCCCUUGAGGAAGUACGCCGGCAACAGGGCCUUCCACGUCAAGUCGUCACUCGGGGCGGACGAUGCGGGUGUCCGGCACGAGGAGGCAGCCUCGCUGCUCAUAAAGGAGAGAUCCAGCCUGGGCAGCAACCCCGGGCCCCACUGCGCAGUGUCGGUGCCUCGCCAUGGUUCAAGUGCUUUCAACCCGGCAUCUCCAUUCGUCAGCCUGGCUGAGCCUGGGACGUCCCAAAAUGAAGAAGCAAGGCCCGCCACAGCGAGCAGAGAUUAUGUCACCCUGGCAGUGAAGAGGAAGUCGGAUGGUAUUCUAGCUCAGUGCCAGCAACAUCUCUGUGCAAACAGCUGUGAUGAACCAAAGAUGGAAGCGUCUCAGGAGACAGAGGAUUUUGAGGUCGUUCAGCAAAAUGUUGGCUCCAGUGCAAUGGAAAGGGUACAAAAGAUUGAGCAACUGGAGAGGAUCGUCUUGGACCUGCAGCAAGAGGUCCUGUCCCUGAAGCGGAAAGUGCAGCGGCUGGAAUCGCUCUCCUUCCAGGAAGAGCCCCACCGGCAGCCCUGCGAGGUGGUAGAGCUGUUUAACGGCUACACGAAGGAGCAGCUCAAAGAAGCCAUCCGCUUCGACCAGAAAAUCAGCACCGCUUGCAAAACCCUCCUCUACAAGCUCUUCACAUCCGACUACAUCCAGAGCCACUCCAUCACCGGGCGGAGAGGCAACACCUUUCGCGAGGCCAAGCCCAUGAUGGAUGAGCGAUGCAUCAAAAUCAUUCGGGUUCUGCUCAAGCAAAAGUUCGGGGAUCACCUGAGCGACACGGUCAUCACGGAGAAAAUCCAGAACGUGCAAAAAGCCCUGCGGCAGAAAUUUAAGACCGAAUGUCUCUGAUGCACGUGGGAUUUGAUGCCUCUGUUUCCAAGAAGGGUCGCUGCUUGGAACGCAACGUGCGGAGGAGCCUUUUCGAGAAACACGGGGCUCGAAUUUGUUGUUUUGCUGCUUUGGCCCCAGGAGGACUGGUGAAAAUGAAGUGAAAUGCUUGCUAGACACAGCACAAAAUAUUCAUGGCCAGGCCUCUGUCGGCAGACACACAGCAGGAAGUGUCAUUCCGCUCCGUGGAAUUUUCCAAGCCUGGCUGGGCUCUGGAGUCUUCCCCGCCGUGCUCCUCUUGCCAAUCUUUUUGCAAAUUUGUUGUUCCCUUUAUGAAGGUCCUGGCCAGGAGGCCCCUCCAAAUCAUCCUUGAAGACCUCGGUUCUCAACGUGGCUGCAGAUCUCAUUAGAAACAGACCAUAGGUAUUUAACCAAGCAGACCCCAGCUCUAAGGGCAUGUCUAUAGCAAGGAAAGGAAGACCACGGGUGUGAAAAUGUCCCUUGUGUGCCCAGUCUGGCUCUGUGCUCUGAAUGCAAUACAUGUCACCUAGUGGUUAUCGCACACACAGCCAGGGAACACCCAGUGCCACUCUGAAGGGACACGAAUUACACAUAAGGGAUCGGAAACCGGUUCAAAUCUGUAGCACAACAGAAGUUCAGUGCACAUAAACUGCUUUCAAAAUGGCUGAAACCGAUUUAAGAGAAACCUGGAUGGAUGUAGUAGCAGACUGAACUGAUUUAGGUUCAAUCGGUUUAUUGAACUUCUGUCCCACAUCCCCUCCAGAUUCAAGUUAAAACACAAUCCCACAGUAUCCCAGGAUGCUAUGCACCUCCCCUGUGACCCCCUGCUCCUCCCCUCGCAGGGUGGGCAGGCUAGCCUCGGCUCGGGAAGCGUGCUCUAGCGCCCCCUGGCUUCUGGUCUGGGCCUCUGCAGGCAUGCGGCUGCAUUUCCAGAAUCAAAAGUGAACGUCUGUUCACUUACUUCUCAGUUCAACCUAUGCAGCUUAGACUAACCUGUGCAAACUGAAUCAAUUCAGCCCCAGUCUGUACUUAGCCCAAGUCUCUAAUGUACUCAUGCGAGCUGUCCUCAGUACAUACGGCCCAUGGUGUAAGAGCUGUUGGGCAGGGCACAUUCGUGGUGGCAUGCCCUGCCACCUUCUGAUGCCAUACAGACUUCUGGGGGUCACCCAUUGCUGCUACCUUUUAUUCUGGCAGCUAAUAUUUCAGAUCCAGCUCACAGAGUGCCAUAACCUACUUGCAGACCUACAGGCACCAGCUUUAACCUUUUUUGCUGUUCUGUAUUCCCUCCCUUCCUCUUUAUUACUUAGGCCGGCAACAAGGAGAGGACCAAGCCACUGCUCACUGAAAAGGUCACUGUAGUUUUUCUAAUGAACCUGGCGGCAAGAUGCAUGUUCGACAUGGAUGCUUGCGAUGGGUCAGACCCGGGGGGAAAAACCUCUCGGGGAAAUAAAUAUAACUCAGAUGAAAGGAAUGACCUUGAAUUGUAUACGGAACUGGCUACGCCCCGAUUUAUUCCAUCUCCACCUGGGAACGACGCCCCCCUUUCAUUCAACCUUGCUUUUCUCCUCUCUGCUGCAGCCUCCAGGUUUUGCCAAGGCUAUAAUAACCCACUGGAACAAAAUCAGCUCCCCUGGCUUCCAAAUAGUGCAUUUUAGAGUUUCCUGUGAUUAUAGGAUGGAGGGCUCAAUAAAGCAACUCAAUAAAACAUUAGCAGAAGGAAAAGAUAAUUACCAGGGUUUGUUUUCCUGGCUUGUUUCAUAGUUUUAAUGUUCCUAAUGCAGCCACAUAGAAGAAACAGAAUAUAUCCAGAUGAUCCUAAAUUUACUCAGCCACAGACUCUUAAAACAGAUCUCUUGUGCAUUUAAACCACACUUUUUUUCCAAUUUGCAAACACAUUAUUUUGUUACUCAAAUCCUUGAACCUUCCUGCUGGAUCAGUGCAAAAGUUGGCCUUUGACAUAUAACCCCUCUGGGGGGUUAGAAAGAGUUUGCCAAGGUCGUGCCGGUUUUGAUUUAGCAUUUGUACUGCAGCGGCAGCGAGGGUCUUCCAUCGGGAAUCAGGACCUUCGUGUGCUAGGUGCUGGACAGAGAACAGAAAGGCAGGUUCAAAAAGAAAGAAACCACAUCCCAGCAAAGCUUUGCCCAUAUGUUGAAGUUUUCCAUGAAAGAAAAUUGCAGAGGCUCAGAUCUGCAAAGCAGCUGGUGAACGUUAUAUAGCAAAAUGCUGCUUAGAGGGCUUUUCUUUCCUGAGGGCCAUAAUCCUCAGCAGUGAAGGGCGAGAUAGAGAGCUAAAAAACUCAGUAUUUUAAAAGCACAGGAUUUGCUUUGGGCUGCUGCAGCCUCCUGGAAAGACUCUGUCCCAGGCAGCUGGAGGGGAAGCAGCUGUGUUGGGUAACUGCUAAGGCAAACUUCCCUGCUGCAGCAGAGACACCUGGGCCAGAGCAGCCCGGGUGGUGAAGAUCCGCUUGUGGCUCGUCAGCCCACUAACGAGAUGCUGCUCAUAUGGGCCAAUAAAAGGUGUCCUGUGCUCUGCUCUGUGCUUUGCUAAAGUGGUAGGUGGGGAGAAAGAUGCUCAGGUGGCCUUUGGUGGGCAGCAGUUCAUGGGUACCAGGAGCUUAUGGCACUUGGGGGAAGCUGUAAGGAAGUAGGCUUGCUCAGGAGCACUUGAGCUUUGCUUAAUCAGCUGCUAGAGGACCGGGAACCUGGUUUGUGCCACGAGGUGACUCUGGGUAGUGGCUUAGGGAAUGGAAAGCUGAAGGAGGAGAAUGAUCUGCAGGAGGGGGAUGUUGCAAGCCUGCAUGUUCCCACUUGAAAAACCCACACCUGAAUCCUGUUCACCUUUCAGAGGAUGAAACUGCAAAGCAGCUUUGCUGAGAUGCUAGAUAUUUAAUGUCAGAAAGGAAAAACCAUUUGCCCAUGAUCCAGUGCUUGCAAUGUCUCUGUCUUUCACCAGCGUUCGGCCCUUCCUGGACCGAAAGCCCAACCGUGGAAUGGGUUUGGGUGCAUUGGUCACCAAUUCACUAGGAAGCAUGAGCAGUCUUUUGCUCUUCAUGCCCUCUGAAGUGGAUGCUUCAUAUUAUUGUUCCUCCCUCCACACAAAAAUUAGGAGAAAAUCCUGGUAUCAUUUUCUUCUGAGUGCAGUCCCAUUCAGACAGAAACGUGGGGCUAUUGUCAGUCAGGUAGAAGUCUUGCUGGGAGCAAAGCUCUCAGACCGCCUUUGGUUUGCAUUCAAGCUGUGAGACACUGAAGGGGACUUGAUUAGAAUGACCCGGGCCUCCGGAAACGUGACCUUGUAGCCAUACUUUUGAAUGAAAGAAACUUUUGGAGGCAGCAUUUCUUUGCAGCUUUGUCUUUUGUACGUCCCUAUUCCCUUCUCUUCUCCCGACACCUAGAGAACGGAAAUGUUUUCUGAAAAAGGUUGGAAAAUGAAGAGCUGUAGGUGAUGGAAAAAGGCGGAGGGGAUUUUGAAUACACCAGACACUUGCAUAUUCUUACCUAUUCAUGUAGAAGCCUAGAUUUAUGGGAGCACCUAC